CUAAUUAAAUUUGCUGAAACUGAUAAACACGAUAAACGGAAAAAAACGUGUAUAAUUAAAGCAUAAUAUUGAAAUAACUUCGGAGCAAAAUAAGAGGUAAUCGAACGCGUAACAAUUCCGCCAAUCUUCACGAAUGUAAACUUCAUCUUGUAAUUAUAAACAUUAGAUUUAACGAAUCAAAACAUCCAUUCUAAAACACAAGUGCUGUUGACACGCUAGCCAAAUCUGACUACAACUAUAAAUAAAACCACGCCAGUUGAGUGCUUGCAAACAAGAUUCUUGACACAAACUCCGAGAGGCACUAUUCUCCAUAUUGUUCCCGCGACCCAUUUCCUAACAUUCUAAACCUAAUUAAAUGUACUUAAAUUAUGAUUACGAAACAGCUUGAUAAAAUGGAAUCCGCGCAUGCGUGCUCCCUGCCACGAGGCAUGCGCAGUAGGAUAUUUUAGUAACCGAACACAGCUCGCACGGCAAAUACUCCGCUUUAACGCAACUAGAACACAAUGAUACGUGAAUGUGAUUAAAUAGUGAAUUAUGAACGUGAAUCGGUAACAGAAGACGAUACUGUUUCUAGCAAAAUGGAGCCGUUGAUCGAUAGAAAUAACUUCGCGAUAAGCGCUAUGGUCACAGUGGCCAUGCAAAUACUGUUCUUCACUAUAGCAUCCCUGUUCCAAUGCGACAAAGUGACAGACUUCACGGGUGGCGCCAACUUCGUCAUAAUCGCUCUGUUGACAUUCUUCCUCGGCCAAGGUGGGAGCCAUUUAAAAAGCUAUGACAGCAGGCAGCUAAUGGUGACAGCGUUCGUCUGUGUUUGGGGCGUGAGAUUGUCAGGAUAUCUCAUAUAUAGGAUCUAUCACAUAGGCAGAGACAAACAGUUCGAGGAUAGAAAAAGUAAUACGCUGAGAUUCGCCGUUUCUAUAAGUGGCACAUUUCAAGCUGUAUGGGUGUAUAUAGUUAGUUUGCCAGUAAUAAUAAUCAACUCGCCUCACCACUCAUUUCCUAAGUCGCCGAAAACCAUGACCACGUUGGACUCAGCAGGGGCUGGAGUCUUUGUCAUAGGUCUGUUGAUAGAAACGUAUGCAGAUCUGCAGAAAUUCGCCUUUAGACAAGAACCGACGAAUCAGGGAAAGUGGUGCAACGACGGUCUCUGGGGCUUAUCUAGACAUCCGAACUACUUUGGCGAAGUGGUGCUCUGGUGGGGCAUUUUUAUUAUAUCUUUAAAUGUGAUUGAAGGAGUCGAAUGGAUUGCGAUCAUGUCACCACUCUUUACGAGCGCUAUAAUUCUGUUCUUGUCAGGGAUACCGCUAUUAGAACGCACUGCAGACGAGAAAUACAGAGACAACCCUGACUACUUAUACUACAAAGCUUCCACUUCUCCUCUUAUACCUAUACCACCUGCAAUUUACGUAGAAGUCCCAAAAUUCUUAAAAUGCAUACUCUGCUGCGAGUUCCCGAUGUAUGACUCGACAAAUGAGGAGUUUCCUGCACCCACCAUCGUCACAGAGACUACAAGCAUCUCCAUGGUGCAAUCACAAACAUAGCUAAAGAAAGCCGCGCGCACCGACGCGGCGGCAAAGAUGGAAUCCAACACCCAACCUACUGUACACAAGCAAUUGUGAUACAAGGAGAACGUACCAAAAAAACUACCGAAUUCCUUGCCGCUAAAACAAAACAACACUAUAGACAUGAACCGAUAUAACGCAUACAUGGAAAA